GGCGGCGACACACCGACUCCCCGCCCAGCCUCAAGUACCGCGAGAUCUGGCGGCGCGGCUGCCAUGGCGGCGGCGUUGGAAGCCCCAGCGGCUUUGGCUACCGUGGAGACCGUUACGCCCGCGGAGCCUAUGGCGGCCCAGGUCUCAGCCCCGGAGCCCACCCCCGGGCCGGCGCGGAGCCUGCGGACGGCUCACGACGUCAGCGGCCCGCGGACCCGCACGGGGGACGUGCUGCUGGCCGAGCCCGCGGACUUCGAGUCGCUGCUGCUGUCGCGACCGGUGCUGGAGGGGCUGCGGGAGGCCGGCUUCGAGCGGCCCUCGCCGGUGCAGCUCAAGGCCAUCCCGCUGGGGCGCUGCGGGCUCGAUUUAAUUGUUCAAGCGAAGUCUGGCACUGGGAAAACCUGUGUAUUCUCCACCAUUGCUUUGGACUCUCUUGUUCUUGAAAACUUAAGUACCCAGAUUUUGAUCUUGGCUCCUACAAGAGAAAUUGCUGUACAGAUACAUUCUGUUAUCACAGCCAUUGGAAUAAAAAUGGAAGGCUUAGAGUGUCAUGUCUUUAUUGGAGGGACUCCAUUAUCACAGGACAAAACUAGACUUAAAAAGUGUCAUAUUGCCGUUGGAUCUCCUGGCAGAAUUAAGCAACUGAUAGAACUUGACUACUUGAACCCAGGCAGUGUACGUCUCUUUAUUCUGGAUGAAGCAGAUAAGCUUUUAGAAGAAGGCAGCUUCCAGGAGCAAAUAAAUUGGAUUUAUUCUUCCUUGCCUGCCAGUAAACAGAUGUUGGCAGUAUCAGCUACUUACCCUGAAUUUUUGGCUAAUGCUUUGACAAAGUACAUGAGAGAUCCCACUUUUGUAAGACUCAAUUCCAGUGACCCAAGUCUCAUAGGUUUGAAGCAGUAUUACAAAGUUGUCAAUUCGUACCCUUUGGCCCAUAAGAUUUUUGAGGAAAAAGCUCAGCAUUUACAGGAACUGUUCAGCAGGAUUCCAUUUAAUCAAGCCUUGGUCUUUUCUAAUUUGCACAGCAGAGCACAACAUUUGGCCGAUAUCCUUUCUUCUAAAGGCUUUCCUGCAGAAUGCAUUUCAGGCAGCAUGAAUCAGAAUCAGCGUCUUGAUGCUAUGGCUAAACUGAAGCAGUUUCAUUGCAGAGUCCUCAUUUCCACAGAUUUGACUUCCCGUGGGAUUGAUGCUGAGAAGGUGAACCUGGUUGUAAACCUGGAUGUACCGUUGGAUUGGGAGACAUACAUGCACCGGAUUGGCAGAGCUGGCCGUUUUGGUACUUUGGGACUGGCUGUGACCUACUGUUGCCGGGGAGAAGAAGAAAAUAUGAUGAUGAAAAUUGCCCAGAAAUGUAAUAUCAACCUUCUGCCUUUACCAGAUACCAUUCCUCCUGGCCUGAUGGAAGACUGUUUGGAUUGGGAUGUGGAGGUGAAAGCCUCUGUGCAUACAUAUGGCUUAGAGAGUAUGCCUGCCAAGCCCCUAAAACAACAAAUGCCAAAACUAGAGAGAACCUCUCAAACUCAGAAAGCUCACAAUAACCACACGGCUUCAUCUAGAAUUACUUCUGCAUCUCCACUACUAGUCAAAUCAAAAAAUAACGCCAAACAAAAGCUUCCUGUGAAAAGUCACUCAGAGUGUGGAAUCAUAGAAAAAGCAGUAGCAGCAGAAACACUGGGCUGUACCCUACGCCCAGAAGAGCAAAUGAAGGAUGCUGUGCAGGCCCCUGGGGAAAACUCUGACAGCAGCCAGCACCAGGUCCCAGGAGACUUACCUGAGUCACUCCCCCAAAUUCCUUGUCUGUCUUCCUUUAAGACCCACGUGCCCUGCGCCAUGACUUUUGCAGAGUUGGUGGGGGAUUAUGAGCACUAUAUUAGAGAGGGGUUAGAGAAGUCUGUGGAAAUCAUCAGGCACUACGUGGGUCCUGGGGAUCAGACUGGGAAUCCUCGAAAUGGUUUUGUGAGAAAUAGAAUUACGGAAGAGAGAGUGCAGGCACUGGCAGGUGGGAGCCAGUCUGGGGACUCUCAGAGCGACAGCGAGUCCUGCAGCUCCAGGACUUCUUCCCAGAGCAAAGGAAAUAAGUCCUACGUGGAAGGCUCUUCAGAUACUCAGCUGAAAGACUUGGAAUCUACCCUUGCCGAUGGCCAUUUCUCUGUAGAACAACCUCUGCAUGGAAAUGACACCCCUAAUCUAGAAGCGUAUCAAGAAUCCCCUGAAAUCCAAAUAAAGGCAAGGCAUAAGGAGGGGGUGAACCAGAGAGCUAAGCAGAGCCGGAGAAGCCUUCCGAGGCGGUCUUCCUGUCGGUGGCGGGCAGAACCCCGGGAAGAGGGUUGGUAUGACCACCCCCGGGAACCACCUGUGAGCUUUUCCGGUACCUAUCAGGAUUACGAGGAGUACUGGCGAGCGUACUACAGGGCAUGGCAGGACUACUACGCCACUGCCGCCCAGUCCUAUUACUGGAACGCUCAGCGGCAUCCAGGUUGGAUGGUGGCCUAUCACAUGAACACUGUGUACCUACAAGAAAUGAUGCGUGGCCACCAGUGAUCGUCGCAGGCUGUCCUCAGACCAUCUGGAAAUGUCCGCACGUGAUACUUUUGGAUAGCCACCCUCCUUGACCUACAGUAGACUGGCAUAUAGUGGCAUUUUUGAGGAACGUGGAAAGUCGUGAGGCUUUCUGCUGGGGUCCAUCUAUUUUUCAGAUUGUUGUGACCUAAGUCAAACCUUAAUUUUUAAAGAAACUUCAUAGAUCAGAUUUUAGAAAGAAAUUUUUUGGGAUGUAGAGCUAAAGGUCCCAGUUGUGCCAUUUUUCUAUAAGCCAUUCCAAAAUGAAACGUUUGAAAAGACUUAUACCACUGCUUGCUUUAAAAAAAUAAAAACAGCUGAGAUUUGA